UGUUUACUUAUAAAUCCGCGAAUUUGGUUGUAUUUUUAAUGAUUUGAAUUUUGAAACAUGAGGAACAAAUUAAUUAUUUGCCAUGCAUGUCUGAGCACAGACCGUACACUGUUCCCCAUUAAAAAACUACAAGAUUUACUAAUAAAUGUGGACUUGUUAGACUUAAAUCUGAGUAAUGAAGGGGGUGUAUGCUGGGAAUGUAAAAGAAUAUUCUUUAAGUUUUCGAGAUUCAAAAAACAAAUUGAAUUAGCUCAGGAAUCUUUACAGCAAGUGGAAAAGCUUCAGGGCUUGCAAUGCCUGAGUACAUUAUCAUGCACGGUUUCUACUACCCCCAGUUAUUCUAUCUCACACAAUGAACCAGCCAACCCUGCUACCAUAGACAACCAACCUAAAGAAAUAAAACGAGAAGUUGAUGUUGCAGACAACAUUUCUGAUCAUAACAAUGAUGAGAAACAUUCACUAGAAUCUGAUGUUGAUACAGAAAUAGAAAUUAAAAAAGAAGUUAACCCGACAGAACACACGCAAGAGAAAAGAAAAGGAAGAAUAAAAAUUAGAGAACAUAUACAAGGGAAAGAAAAAAGAAAAGAAAGAAAAAGAAUUAAUAAGAAUGAUAAAAACCUACCAACUAAUAAAAAUAAAGUUAAAAAACUACCAAUUGUAAAGAAGAAAAAGAAAAUAAAAGCGGUAGAUGAUCAAUUAAAUUUUGAUGAUAUUAAAGAUAAGUUCAUAGAAGUAGAGUUCACAGAAGAGGAGAUGGUAAAAAGCAGAGAAGAGAAGAGAAGUCACCCAAACUUUAAGAAAUUGCCAUACAACUGCUACAGCUGUGUGCUAGGGUUUACAAGAAAGGAGAAUCAUGAAAUGCAUAUGGAAAAGAAGCAUAAUGCGAGUAUCGGUCGUCACAUCUGCCCAGUAUGCCAAGUUCGCUUUGCCAGCGGUGCAACUUUAACCAAGCAUGUUCGAAAGCACUACCACUGCUACCGAUGCAAACUUUGCUCGUAUGGGACCACGGAGCUCUGGUCAGCGCUCAGCCACAGUCAGGGCAAGCACAGCGGGGACAAGGAGGGCAGUAUACAUUGCAAGAAGUGUAGCUAUGUUGCAAAGUCUCGCGAGGAGCUGGAGGAUCACACGAAGUCUCAACAUUAUCUCAUUUGCAAAGAGUGCGGCGAAAAGUUCAAAGGGUCCCAUACACUCAAAACACAUAAACGCCGCAUCCACUCGUCGCCCCGCGAGUUCGCAUGCGCCUCGUGUCCGCGCUUGUUCCGGUCCCUCGGCCGCCUCGAGGCGCACGCGGCCGCGCACGGGCCCGCCGCCGCCGCGCGCCUCGCCUACUGCGCCGUGUGCCGAGUGCAGUACAAGAACCUCUACGUCUACAGGAACCAUCUGGUCAACAGCGCCAAUCAUAGCGAGAAGCGGUAUCACUGCGAAGAGUGUGGCAAGAAUUUCGCGUCAAAAGUUUACUACAAGAGGCACUACACAUUUUAUCAUCAGAAAGAGUCUAACCACAAAUGUGAGCUAUGCGACCGGUUGUUCAUAUCCGACUUCCGGCUGCGACACCACCGGCAGAUGCGACACGGCGCCGAGCGGCUCCGGAACCACGCUUGCGACCAGUGUGGCAAAAAGUUCUAUACGGCGACGACUCUGCGCGCGCACCAGCUGACGCACUCGUCGGUGCGCACGUUCAUGUGCGCGCACUGCGGCGACACGUUCAAACAGCGCCCCGCGCUUUACACGCACACUCGUCUCGUUCACCAGGGGCUCAAGAGACAUCCUACUUAAACUCGCAAGUGUUGGAGCCCUGUCACAUAGUGCACCAA